AUCGUUUGCGUCUCCGAUGGCGUCUCACUGGAUCCCUGAAGAUGACUUUCGUCUCAGAAAAUCCAUCGAGAAUGGAGCUUCUCUAGAGUCACUAGCUAAAGGAGCAGUCAAGUUCUCUAGGAGAUUCACACUUUCUGAACUAAGAGAUCGAUGGCAUUCUCUUCUGUACAACCCUCAUGUCACAUCUCUAUCUUCAUCAGUCGCAUUCGAUUACACGUACUCGGAUCAGUUUCUUCCACAAUCUCAUCAUAACCAACACAGAACACCAGUCAGGUCGCAGUAUUACACGGCGUGCAAGAGGAGGCGUUUGGAGGAGAUGUAUCCUCUUAGUAACGUUGAUAACAGUGUCAUUAACGAAGAUCUUGAUCACGCUGCUUUUGGAGGAAACGCGUUUGAAGGGUCAGAGUAUUUGGACUUGGAGUUUGAUGCGGUUGAUUUGGCAAUCAUUCAUAACUCUUUCCCAGGUAUCAUGCCUCAAGAAGCUGAUGGUGAUGGAAUAGUGAAUCAGUUAUUCAACGAUUGCGAUGUUUCGAACACAACAACAACAGCAAAUGCAUUAGAACAGCUUUUGCUUCAAUCCUUCAACGAGACAACAUCAGUGUCACAUGACCAAGCGGAGACUUGGAUUGAUCCAGAGUAUUUGCCAAGCCAACCUGAGGAGUAUUGUCAUAGUGCUAUGUCAUUGCCUGAUUGGGACCCGCAUCCAGAAGUCAUUAACGGUGUUAUCAUAUGCACUUUAAACAAAGAGUCCGAUGAGAUUCCAGAUACCGAUGAUAUUGACUUUACUAUGUACACACAGAAAGCUCGAAACCCGCCAUCAUCACUGAGGAAGCUUAUGAGACCACCUCCGUAUCCGAACAGAGGACCAUCAUCAUCGUCAUCACAAGCCAGAGGUAAUAAUGACAUGUUCCACAGUUCUGGUAGUGGAGAUAGUGUUGUUACAGAACAAGGAAGUUGUUCUAAUGCAUUCAAGGCUAGCUAUACCGAGAAAGCUACUUCUAGUUUUACUACAACUACUUCAACAUCACAACAACAUUAUGAACAUACUUUGAGUUCGGUGAUGGAUAUAACUACUCCAAUGUUACAAGAAGAGGAAGACAACGAUGAAAUUGAGAGUGAUGAAGAUUUGCCUUCAUAUUCAGAUGUUGAAACUAUGAUUCUUGGCAUGGACCUUGAACCGGUUGGUCAAGACCUGUACGAACUGGAAGCGUCAAGAUAUCGAACUGAGGAAGUGGCGCGAAUGAUAAUGAGAUUAGAGCAGAGUUCUAAGUCUUACAUGAACCGUAACAUCACUUCUCAUGAAGCUUUUGCUAUGCUAUACGGAAGCUCUAAGCAUUACAUUAAUAAACCGGAGGUGUUACUUGGACGAGCGACUGGUGAAUAUCUAGUGGAUAUCGACUUAGCAAAGUCAGGAUCUUGGAAAAAAAUCUCUAGGCGACAGGCUCUAAUCAAGUUGAAGAAAGAUGGGUGUUUUGUAAUCAAGAAUCUUGGCAAGUUUUCUAUAUGGAUAAACGAGAAAGAAGUUCAACAUGGAGAGAUUGUUAAUCUCAGUAACAAUAGCUUAAUCCAGAUACGAGAAAUGUCGUUCAUAUUCGAGACGAACGAGAAAGCAGUCAAAAGAUAUCUAGAUGAAAUUCACAAAUGAAAUUAUAUAUGUAUAG